UAAGAGCAUAACAAAACUAAACAUAGCUUUGUAGUAAACAUGGGGUCUUCCAUGGCCUCUCUCUUUCUCACUCUUCUAGUCUUAGCUGUGUCUCUCAACUUGCCUUUCGAAACCUCUGCCGAUUACGCUUACUCUUCUCCUCCCCCUCCUCCUAAGAAGUACCCACCACCACCCUAUCAUUACAAGUCACCACCGCCUCCUCCUCCAGUCCAUUCUCCUCCACCACCACACGAGAAGCCUUACAAGUAUAAGUCUCCACCACCUCCACGAGUGCAUUAUCCUCCUCCGCCUUACAAGUACAAGUCUCCUCCUCCUCCCCCGGUUUAUAAGUACAAGUCUCCCCCACCUCCGCCAAAGCACCCAUACAAAUAUAAAUCUCCUCCACCACCCCCAACUCCAGUUUACAAGUACAAGUCACCACCACCACCAUCGCCACCCAAACAUCCUUACAAGUACAAGUCACCACCACCACCAUCGCCACCAAAACAUCCUUACAAGUACAAAUCUCCACCACCACCACCUCCGGUUUACAAGUAUAAGUCUCCACCACCUCCAGUGCACUAUCCUCCACCACCUUACAAGUAUAAGUCCCCACCACCACCACCACCAUCACCACCCAACCAUCCUUAUAAGUACAAGUCUCCACCACCACCACCAUCACCACCCAAGCAUCCUUAUAAGUACAAGUCUCCACCACCACCACCAUCACCACCCAAACAUCCUUAUAAGUACAAGUCUCCACCCCCGCCACCACCAGUUUACAAGUAUAAGUCUCCACCACCUCCGGUGCACUAUCCUCCACCCCCUUAUAAGUACAGGUCCCCACCACCUCCUUCACCAACCCCUCCCAAGCAUCCUUACAAGUACAAGUCUCCACCACCGCCAGUACAUUCUCCUCCUCCACCUUAUAUGUACAAGUCUCCUCCUCCUCCUCCCAAGGAAUCAUACAAAUACAAGUCUCCUCCACCACCAUCACCCCAUUAUGUCUACUCUUCACCCCCUCCUCCUCACCACUACUAAGCUACGGCUUUGGCAGUACUCCAAAGGAGAAUUGUGAUUCAAAUAAAGCAACAAUAGUUGAUUUGAAAAGAAAUAUUAACAGACCAUCAAGAAGAAAAUUAGGAGUCGAGCCUAGUCCCCGCGUUUGAAGUGAAUAAUGUAGACAUUUAUAUUUGGCAAUGUAUUAUUCAGUGGGUCCACUUGUUUUUAUUUCUGUACUCUUUCUGCUUAAUAAUAAAACGAAUCCUUAUGUAA